ACAACCCUCUUUGGAGUGGUGGUUAAUGUAAACAAUAUGGCGGCUCACAAGCGAAAAUGGACCAGAGACAAAAGGGAUCUACAUGAGCAAGAUUAUAGUAAAGUGAUACUAUAGACUUGUACCCCUUUUAACUGAAAGAGGUCUCUUGUUAACAGCAUUAGAAAACUACAUCAGUAAAAGACUCCUGGAAAGCUGAAAGCAGGUGACAACUAGACGAAGUACUGCUAAAAACCUUGUGUAACAUCUUUAUAAUGAUGCAUCCACAUAGUGCAAUGGCAGAAAAAGCCACAAAGACAGCAGAAUUCAACAAGAAUAUUCUUCAGCUGCAAAAGCAACUGGUCAAGUCCAGAGCAGAGGUUGAAAUGUUGAAAGACAAACUUAACUGUCUAAUCUUCUUGGUGAAAAGGUCUUGGAAAGGAGACAGAAAAGCUUCCAUGCAUCUUGCCAACAUAGUGGGAAUGGAGGUACCAGCUGGUUUGAUGGAUGAUCUUGAAGGCCGUCCAGCUUCAGUUAUACAAUUAUUUUCCACUAAGUCUGCUGCUGAGCAGAACUGGGAAAGACUGAACGCUGAGCUACAGGAAGAGGAGCAUGCCAUUUUGCAGCAGAAAAUUCAAGAGCGGCAGACCCAGCACUUGAAAAGUCGGAGCCAGUUCAUGGACGAGGUGAUGAUUAAUCAUUACAGGGAUAUGUCCCAUGUGAAACUGAGACAACCUCGGUCAUGGACUCUUGAACAAGUGGACCAACAUUUUUUGAUGAAACAUAACAAGAAAAAGGAAACUUUAAUUGGCCCAGCAGUACGCACACUGCAGCGGGGAAGGUCUGCAUCACUACCACAUCAGAAGUCCUGUGGGGAUGAAGUAGAACAGGCAGAUCUGAAACUUCAAGGCUUUUUUGUCGGAAACAGCAGCCUUGGCACACAGAACUAUGGUGCAGAGGAUACAAAGAACCUGUUUAAUGCUGACAAAAUUGUUAAAAGAAAGCCUCGACCUUUCAGUUCUGCACAUCUCCGAGAAAAAGAUAAUAUAAGAGCACAGCCAAGAAGUGCAGGCUUAACUAGAAGCAACAGUCAAGCUUUUGUAACUCAGGAGGGCGAGAGAUCUUGGGGCAACAAAACCACUAGGCCAGCUUCAGCAAAUGUGCCAUGUAACAAAAAGACACCAGCGAUGGACAAGUCAAAUAACUGCCAGGAUCAAAACAGCCCUGACUCAGGAAUUACACCCCCUUCCCCUGGUCAUGUUCUUGUUGAGAGUGAUUUGGAAGAUGAGACUACUUUUUCAUCUGUUACACCUCAAGCCAAGAAUUCAUCGCACCUUCCACAGAGUAUGGAAGUGCUUUCCAAUGACUUGAAAAAAGUGGAAGAGAUGGAAAGAUUAUUCAAGAAUAGCAUGUUCUCUGUUCAAGAAAAGCUAGACUUUACAUAGAAUGGUUUUGUCUGAAAGGGAUGUCAACAUCAGAGAAAUUACACAUUCUUUGGUUUCACAUUAAAUAUGGAUUACAGCUACCUUAAAAGGCUUCCUUUUGUAAUUGUUUUGUACAUUAGCAUUAUGACGAUGCCUUUUUUAAAUGAACUAUUGAAAGAGGCAUUUUUCACAUUUAAUGUUUAAAAAUGUGUUUAUAUAUAAUUUCUUCUUCCAUGGCUGUAAAGUGUACCUUGAAAUAUUGUGGGUUUUUUUAUUUAUUUUAAACACAUAUUUUAUCUUCAUGAACAUUGCACUUGUUUUUAUAAUGGUAAAGGGGAAGUGGAUAGCUUAGUGCAUCCAAACCCAAAGAUGGGCAAACCAUAUGGUGGGAUACAGCAUACUUUCCCCAUUUGACCCAGCAGUAGUAGAAGGGGUAUCGGACUCCUAAAAGGGUUGGAGAAGAAAAGCAGCAGGAGAAAGAGGAGAGAAGUGUGAUCUCGAACACUUCACUCUCCAAAGACUAUAAGGUCUGGGGACCACCUUCACUUUCCUUUAUGUUCCAAGAGUUCAGUCCCUUCUUUGACCAAUUUCUAGAAGCCCUUUUCUGCUGAGGUCAGGAGUUAAUAUGCAAGUUAAAUGUCAUUAUGCUGUAAGGUGCCUAUUACCAGUUUUAUAUUUAUGUGUUCGUGGUACUAUACUUUGCUUAAAAACGUUUUCAUUUGUACUUUGUAUAUCUAUUUGCAAAAAUAAAAGUUCUUCCCCAUAUGUUGAUGGAGCACUUGAUAGUA